AUGGCUGCUGCAGAUGUUAUUUCAACGAUGCCGUCUUCGUUUACCUAUGAAGCUUUAGUUUCUCAGGUUCUAACCAUUCAAAAUCAAAUCAUCGAAAUGGAAACUAAUAUUAAUAAUCAAUUUCAGACACAAAUGAAAGUACAAAAUGAAUUGAAAUCUCGUUCAUUAACAUUCAUAGAUCCAUAUGGAAACCAAACAACAAAUAACUAUAUGGAUCAUGAAUCAAUUAGUAAAAUAAUUCAAGAUUAUAAGAAAAAGUAUGUUCCUAAAUAUCUUCAACAAUGGAUACAAAUUGGGACUAAAAAUAAUGAUAUUAUUUCACGAUUGAACGAAGAUGAAUUGAAAUCUACUGUGUCUCAAUAUGAAAUUGGUCAAGAAUUUGUUUCAAAUGGUGAAAUAUCUGUAUUCAUUGGAAAACACGAACAUUAUUGGCCUCGAAGCAUUGUUGUAAAUAUGCUGUUAAUGGAUAAUAUUGAAAAAAUGAAAACGAGAAUAAAACAACAACGACAAUUUCACGAUUUUGAAUUAAGAUCAUGUUUUAUACGUUCAAAUAUGAAACCAAGUAUAACAAAUUGGAAAGAAGGUGCGAUUUUAAAAUCAGAAGAAACGAUUAUGUCAAACCAAUUAUAUGAAAAUAAUUGUGUCAUUUUGGCCAAAAUCAUUGAUAAUAAAAUUGAUAUUGGUUCGGGACAUCAUUUUUGGAUAUAUGUGAAAACUCUUACUGGAAUGAAAAUCACUCUCAAUGUGAAUUCCAAAAUGAGUGUAUUAACUAUGAAAGAAUUAAUUGAAGAUGCUGAAGGUAUUCCUUGUGAUCAGCAACGUCCUAUAUUUCGUGGGACACAAUUAAAAGAUGACAGAUGUCUUUCAGACUAUAAUAUAUCGGAUGAAAGUACACUUCAUUUAGUGUUACGAUUACACGGUGGAAUGUAUCAUUUUACAAGUGGUCGACAAGAUUUUGGCAAUUUACCUUAUGAUAGUGUCAAUGCUAUUCAAAAUGUUCUAACAUUCAAGUUUCAAGAUAUGACUGAUACUCAACAGUUAUCACCAUGUGAACUACAAAAUUCUAUUUUACAAGCACAAACGAUUCUGUCGACUUUAUAUCGUAAAAUUAGAGAAAUUCGUACUGAACAUAAUAUCCCAAAUUUGAAGAACAUUAUUCUACCAAUAUCCAAUGACAAUGAAGAUAAUAGUGAUGAUGAUAAUGAAGAUGAUCAAUGA